AUGUCAACAAUCAAAGUCGCAAUCGCCACCAACUCCCUGGGCAAGUCCGCCGCCGGCCACACAAUCUAUCGAAAACUUGAAGCAGCCAAAGCGCACGGGUUUGAAGGCGUUGAGGUUGCCUUUGAGUGCUUGGAAGCACACGCAGCUACACUCAUAUCGCCAAUAACUCGCAAUGAAAAACUAUGCGCCGCUGCCUCGGAUGUUUAUUCAAAGGCAAAUUCUCUUUCCCUGAGCCUAAUAUCUUUGAACCCAUUCCGAGACUACGAUGGUCUAAAGAGCACGCAGGAGGUAGAUGCGCGAUUGGAAGAAGCUGAGCUGUGGUGCCAGCUAUGCCAGAUUAUGCAUAUUCCGAUUUUCCAGAUUUGCUCGGCACUUUAUCCCAUCGAUGAAGCCAGGAUCACUUCAGAUCCAGCCACAAUAGCCACGAAUAUGCGCAAGCUCGGCCUUCUUGCACAAAGAUACAACCUUCAGGUUGGCUACGAGGCUCCCGCCUGGGGUAUUCAUAAGAACACUUGGCAGCAUAUUGAAGAGAUUGUUGAUUUGGUGAAUCUCCCCAAUGUCGGUCACUGCCUUGACACAUUCCACAUUGCGGCGAGAGAGGCUGGGGAUCCCUUCAACCUGGCCUCGGCUGUUAGAAUAGAUGGACAAGAGAGACUUCAGAGAAGUUUGGAUGAGUUGAAGCGGACUAUGGACCCUGCCAAGAUUGUCUAUCUCCAGCUGAGCGAUGCGAUGGUGGCUGAUCCGGAACAAAGAGUGUAUCCUGUGAAAGACUUGAAGCAACCGCCUUUCAUGACCCAGUCAAGGAAUUGUCGGAUUUUCCCCUGCGAGGAGCACCUUGGUGGUACUCUGCCUGCUGUCGAAGUUGCGAAGGCAAUCUUUGGCAUAGGAUAUAGAGGCUGGGUAUCUAUGGAGGUAUUUCAUACUGAUAUGUUUGACAAGCGAGAAUCGUACGUCCGGAUGGCCGAGUCUCUUUCUGGGUCUUUGAAAGCAAUUGGAUAUAAGUUUACUGAUCUUUCUACUACAGAGUUCCUGAUGAUUGGGCAAAACGGGGUAUGGAAUCAUGGCGGAAAGUCGUUGCUCGCUGCGGACUUGAUCGAAAUUCGAAACUCUGAUGGAGAGUUCCAGAGUGUUCAAAAGCUCCAGAUGUCUAGUCAAGAGCUCUGA